AUGAGUUCGAGGCCUGGACGACCGCCCAAGAGGCUGCAGAGUGUGACAGAGGGCGGGACUCACCACAUGCUGUCUCACAGUGGUCUGAUGCACGCUGGGAUCAUGCCUCCCGCAGAUCUCUCUGCCCUGGCCAAAAAGAUCAAACUGGAGGCGAUGGCCAGUUACCACAGCAACCAGCAACAUGGCGCGCCAAAUGGAGAGAACGGUGACCACAACCCCGGCCUUGUUCUGGAUCAGUUGCCCUUCAUGAUGAUGUCACAUCCUCUGAUCCCUGCCAGCCUGGCGCCGGCCUCCGUUUCCAUGGCGAUGGGCCAGAUGAACCGACUGAGCACGCUGGCCAGCAUGGCCAACGUGGCACAGCUCCACGCCAACCCCCCUGCCAGGGCUCCCACCUCCGUCAUUAAGGAGCGAGUGCGCGGCAGCCCCUCCCCUUCUCCCUCGCUGGAGGAAGCUCAGAUGUCAUCCAAUCACAGCAGCAGCGUGUCGAGUUCACCGUCUCACACAGAACGCACUGCAGAAACCACACACCCGCUCCAUGACGGCCUGUCGUCGAGCCAGAGUGUGCUGGGACAUUCUCCUGGUCUGGUGCAGGGGGCCAGAGAGACAGAUGUGACUUCAGUGGAGUACAACAAGGAGAACAAGAGGAGCCACGCUGACAGAGAUAACAGCUCCUUGGCCACACAGACAACCAGGGAGAGCUGUGAUAGACAAGUCUACCAGAAACCCCCAUCAGGCAGGGAGGGCUGCGAGAGGGUAUCUUACCCUGCAGGACAGAAGCUCCCAGCAGGUCUCCACCACACUCCCUUCAUCUUCCCGGAAGGCUUGUCCUCCAUAGAGACCCUGCUCACGAACAUCCAGGGUCUGCUGAGGGUUGCCAUAGAGAACGCCCGAGCCCAGGAGAAGCAGGACCAGCUGGAGAGGACCGAGCUGAAGAUGGAGCUGGUCCGAGAGCGGGAGCUCAGAGAGACCUUAGAGAGACAGCUCAGCAUGGAACAGAAAAACAGAGUUCUGAUCCAGAAGCGCCUGAAGAAGGAAAAGAGGAGUAAGAGGAGACUACAGGAGGCCUUGGAGGAGGAAGUCAAGCUCCGUGAUCAGGCAGAGCACAGCCUGCUGCACACUGCCAACACACACACAGGCCAUCAAUCAUCAACAGCCCCUCCUCACACAGAGUCUGUGACCCAGGACGUGGAAGGCAGCAACCACGAUGACAGCCGGCUGGACACUAAGGGAACAGUACAAGAGGGAAGAGUGUUCCUGCAAACCACUGGGAUGUUCUGAAGACGAGGCGGAAGGACAGACGGAUGAAUGAGCGGACGGAUGGAUGGAAGAGUGACAGAGAUUCUUCAUUUAUGAGAUAUACAAUCGACCAGGCAUGCUCAGUCGCAUCUGAGACGCACAUGUCCACCUCCUCAAGAGGACUCCCCUACAUUUCAAAGGGUGACAUUUGAACUUUUCUAUUGUUCUCUUGUUUAAUUUAUUGCAUUUAUCACCAAAUCUCAGCCGUAGUGGGAAGACUAUUUUAUUCCGAUGUUGUGUUUGACUGUGUUUCUUUCAAAUCAAGGCUUUUAGAUCCUAGAUGAAGACGACCAUAGUUGUUCUUUUUUUGUCAGUGCUGUUUAUCUGGACGCAAGUGAUGAAGAUAACUUGUAACAGAGUUGUGUACAUAUAUAUAGUCAUCAUUUUUGUUAUUAUUAUUAUUAUUAUCAGAAAAAAAAACACAUAAUGGCAUGUUGUACAGUCAGUAAAUGACUUGUAUUGUGUAUGUUAUGCAGUAGUGCAGUUUGACAAUACAAACAAUACAAAUCCUUUUUAUUCAA